AUGGCAGAUCACAAUAAAAAAAGAAAAGCAGAUAGUGAAACUACUGUCACUACCACAUCUAACAAUAGUGACAAAACUAAAAAUCAAAAUUUUAAUAGUAAAAAGAUAACAAAUCAAAAAACAAAGAAUAAUAAUAAUAACAAUAGUAAGAAUAAUAAUAAAAAGAAUAACAAUAGUAAGAAUAAUAAUAAUAGUAGUAGUGAUAGUAAACAUAGUAACAAGAAAUUUGAUAAGAAAACAAAUAAAAAUCAUUUAAAAAAGAAACAAAAGGUUGAUCAUACUAGUGCUGCUUCAACUACCACAACAACUACAACUACAUUACCAACUAUUACACCAUUAGUAUCACAUGUCGUAGAAGAACAACAACCACUUCCAGUCAUACUACCUGAAUCAAUUAAUAGAAAUUGGGAUUUGAUAAGUAAAAGUAUAACAAGCAAACCUAAAAAACAACCUACAAAAGCAGCAGCAUCAUCUACUUCAACAACAACUUCUACAACAACAACAUCAUCAUCAACAGAACAACAACCAAUUAAAACUGUAUUUGAACUUGUACAAAAUGAUACAAACAAAGAGAUAAAAGUAACAAAAGUAUUAGCAGUCGAUUGUGAAAUGGUAGAGGUGGAAGGAAGAAAGAGUGCACUUGGAAGUGUUUGUUUGGUUAACUCUGAAGGUCAAACCGUUUACAAGAGCUAUGUAAAGCCAAUGGAAAAGAUCACUGACUAUCGUACUCCUUGGUCGGGAUUGACUUUCAAACUACUCAGCAAAGCACCGGAAUUCCUCAAAGUUCAGAAAGAUGUUUCACAGCUCAUCAAAGACAAGAUUCUGGUGGGACACGACAUCAAGCAGGAUUUGGGUGCUCUCAUGCUUAACCAUCCACCACAACUGCACAAGAAACAAUGGGAGAAGCACGUCAGAAACGUUUUCUACCCCAAAAAGAAAACCACUGAGCAAAGAAAAGAAGACAGAGAAAAGAAACAACAAGAUUCUCAAUCUCAAAAUAUUGGUGUGGAUGAAGAUCAAGAUGAAUAA